GUUCGGACAGAAGUGUAGACGUGAUACAAAAAUUUUCUUUGAUCACGAAGCCCAAUCUUACCGAACAUCCUCUGGUUUAUCAGUGAAGUGUAUGAACUACACUGCAGACUGGAGUCUUCACUAACAGUACACGUUACAUAAAAUGAGUUAUUUAUAAAUUGCACACAUAAAAACACAUCAUAUCUGCUGACAGAUGGAUUACAGUGUGUUAUAUGCAUUCGUUAAUUAUUAAUACAAUGCUUAUGAAGUGUUACCCACAGGAGUAAAGCAAACCAGUCUGGAUAAAGAUGGUAAUGUCUCCGCUUGUUUCCUCUCUUCUCUCACUGUGACACCUGGUGUGUUCAUUUAUUUUUAAAUGGGUUUCACCCUAAACAGUGCAACUGACAUUCAAAAGUGGCACUGAUUAUUUUCCCAGCACAUCUAUCACAAUGAACAUAUGAGCAAGCCAAACUCAGGAAAAGCUUAUUAUUGAAUCAUAAGCGGAGCUAGGGAGGUAGGGGACCUCUCCUUUAUCACUGUCAAGAAUGGUAACUGUCAGAAACCAACAUAGGUGCUGUGAACUCCACAUCGUCACGACAUCACUUAGACCUUGCUCGUGCAUUGAAAUCAGAAAAUGAAAUUAAUCUGGUUUUAUGAAACAUAAUAGCCACCUCACUCAUGGUUACAGUUGUAAACCAGCACAGGAAUGACAAUGACUAACAAAGACCACUAUAUUCUGAGGGGGCACAUUAAAAGCACCAUCAAUCAAAGAGUAACUUUUUUAUUUCAGAAAAUGGCAAAGAAAAUUCUGGGGCACAGGCAUCACAAUGUACGAAAUGUAAAUGUACACAAGCACCUUUAGACAAUCAAAAGUCCUUAUUUUGUACCAACCAUUUUAAUAUGUAACUACAGCUCCACUUUGUGGUAGAUUUGAUCGGUGCAGCUAAUACAAAAUAUUUUGUCAAGGCUGCUGUCUUUUAUUGAUUUUGGUAUGAAAUGUGUGGCCAGGAAUUUUCUUGUUCUGGGUUUUGCUUUGUCAUAAUUGCAUCGUGAUCAAAAGGGGGCUCGCAUGCUGUCCCAACAUACGCUCAAUCGAGAGCAGAGCAGUUGUAAUGAAGAACUAAAUGGCAAACGUAACUGUGGUAGCCAUAUGUAUAGCAUCACAGAUUCAACCACUAAUGUAGCUGUAGUCUGAGCACUAACCAUCUCUACAGCCGCAGCCUUUCCCAGGACAGCCGGGCGGAGCAGCUGCAGCUGUGCAUACAGACAGUGGAAGCUACUGUCAGAGUUCAGCCUUUUAAAAGGAGGAAUAAGCAAUAAAUAUGUCAUGUAACUUUACACGAUGUAACCGACAAGCGUAAUUGUUUCUUUUACACUCGGUCAAGUGGUACCUGUAAAGAUGGAGAUCUUAGAAAUGUACUUACUCCUCGCCCUUAAAUUUAUUACUCUUGAAAAAGUCUUAUUGUCAUCCGAAAGAACUAGUGCAUCACCCUGGCCUAAUUGCUCAGUUCACUCAGUCAAUCAGUCUCAAUCAAAAAACAUGCUGCCCCCACUUCCACAACACACUCUCACUCCCAACUCAUCAAAUACCAACGCUUGGUCCGUGCCCUCCAUGUCACACUAUGAUGCUCCAGGUAUUCCUCUAGGGAUUUUGAUACAUUUGAUGAGCAAUAAGUCCUAUUUGUUGCAAGAUAUAUUUUGGGGUGCCCAGUAGCUCACCAAGUAGAGCAGGUGUCCCAUGUACAAAGACUAUGCUGGCUACAGCCACAGGUUUGGUUCCAACCAAUGGCCUUUUGCUGCAUGUCAUCCCCUCUCUCUGUCUUCUUUUCAUGCUUUCUGUUCUGUCAAAUACAGGCAAAAAAUAUAUAUAUUAUGUUGUAUCUGUGCUCACCUCUGCCUCUGACAAACCCAUAAACCUUUCUGUGUGCAUCUAUAAGCUAAAUGAUACAACUGUACAGUGUGGGUUAGCAUAUAUGCAAAACACAGCCACAGUUAUGAUCUUUUUGACACUUUAAUGAAACAUCGUCGACCUACUAUUGGACCGAUAUACUGUAAAACAAAGACUAAAUCAUAUAAUGAAAUAAUGCAUAGGUUAAUGUGUUAAUGUAAAUCUACAGGUUGGCAGUUUAUCAGCCAUGAUGUCAUAAGAACCCAUUCUAGAGCAGAAUGGCGGGUCUAGAACUCUAGAACCUCUUUGACGCCUGAAAGUCUUGAAAUAGCCCCUCAACUCAUCAGAACAUUUCAGACUCACAAGUCAAACCGACCAACAAACACAGAGAAAGCUCUCUCCAAAAAAACAAGAUGAGCGACCACAGCGAAUCUUCACACGAGUCAAGCUCCGUGUUUGAUAAGCUCCGUCAGGAGGGAGACUUUUGUGAUGCGGUCAUAAAAGUCAAGGAUGCUGAAUUUCAAGUCCACAGGGUCGUCCUGUGUAAUUGCAGCCCGUAUUUCCUAGCUCUCUUCAGACGCUGGGCAACUCCAGACCAAAAGGUCUUUGACAUAUCGGGCGUGUCUCCUGACAUGAUGCAGCUCAUCAUCGAGUUUGCGUACACCGGCUCUGUUUCUGUGACGGAGGACAACGUACAGGAGCUGAUGCUGGCAGCCGAUCAGCUCAACAUAAUGGGCGUUGUGCAAACUUGCUGCGACUUCUUGGGAGAGCGGCUUUGCACCCAGAACUGCAUUGGCAUCUUUCAGUUCACCUUCAUCUGCUUCCACCCCAGACUGCGGGCCAAGGCCUACCACUUCAUCAUUGAUCACUUUGAGGAGGUUGUUUUCACUCAAGAGUUCCUGCAGCUCUCUGUGCAGGACCUCACUGACCUCCUUGAAAGACAGGACAUCAAUGUGAGAAAAGAAAGCACUGUGUUUGAGGCCAUCCUUCGCUGGAUCGCCCACAUGCCUGAAGAGCGAAACAGUCACAUCGCUGUGCUCCUGUCUAAGGUCCGACUGGCCUUGCUGAGUCUAGACUACCUGCAGCUGAACGUGAUGGCCAAUGAGCUGGUGACAAACAACGCCAUGUGCCAGUCCAUGGUCAGAGAAGCUCAUGACAUCGUUGAUCACUUCGGGGGAAACAGGGCCAUUCUGUUUCAUCUCUGCAACCCCCUUGUCCGUCCUCGCCUGCCUAAAGCCAUCCUGUUGGCCAUUGGAGGCUGGAGCGGCAGCAAUCCAACAAAUGCCAUUGAGGCAUAUGAUAUCCGCACUGACAACUGGAUCAACGUGACAAACUAUGAUGAACGUUCCCGUGCCUAUCACGGUACCGUCUUCCUCAAUGGGGAUGUCUACUGUGUUGGUGGCUUUGACAGGGCGGAGCAUUUCAACAGCGUCCGCAGGUUCAGUCUGAGCUCACGCACCUGGCAUGAGGUGGCACCCAUGUACUACCGCCGCUGCUACGUGAGCGUCACUGGGCUGAAUGGGUGCAUCUAUGCCAUGGGAGGUUAUGAUGGGUACACACGACAGAGCACUGCCGAACGCUAUACCCCCGAGACCAACCAGUGGAGUCUUAUUGCAUCCAUGCACGAGAGCAGGAGCGAUGCCAGCUGCACAACACUCCACAACAAGAUUUACAUCUGUGGUGGUUUCAAUGGGCAUGACUGCCUGCAAACGGCUGAAUGUUACCACCCAGAGACCAACCAGUGGACAAUGAUCGGCCUCAUGACCUCCCAGCGCAGUGGAGUUGGCGUCACUGCAUAUGCAGACCAUGUCUUUGCAGUUGGUGGCUUUGAUGGCUCCGCCCGUCUGCGCAGCGCUGAGGCGUACAACCCCCGCACCAACACCUGGCAUGAGGUGUCUGUGAUGGUGACUCCCCGCAGCAACUUCGGCAUCGCAGUGCUUGAAGAUCUGCUCUUUGUUGUCGGGGGCUUCAACGGCCACUCAACCACCUAUAAUGUCGAGUACUACGACGCAGCAACUAAUGAGUGGCACGUGGCCUGCGACAUGGACAUUAACCGCAGCGCUGUUAGCUGCUGUGUGGUGUCCGAACUCGACAACGUGGUUGCCUACGUUUCACCUCGUGAUGCCCUGCCAUUUUUAGAUUCGGAGGAUGAGUGUGCUGAGUUUGAGUCAGGAGACUCUGACUAACACACCUGAACUGUGUCCUUUGCCAAGACCCACUCUGGCAAGACUUGAUCAUCAUACAAUGAAAUAAAUUUCCUUGAGCAUUUAACUACUGUUGCUCCUGACAUUUCUCUUUUCACAUUGAGUAUGAGAAUGCUCAGUGAGAAGGUUACUGUGUGCAGCCUGCAGACACAGUAACCAAACUAUGAAACUUAACUGUUGAUUGUUAUCUGGUAAGUGUGUAUGCAGUGUGCAUGCAGCCCUGCUGAAGACAUUUUUAGGGUGUUAGCAGGUUAGCAAGUAGUUAGCAGUGAAAAGGUCUGCCCCAUUUAAGGCUCUUCUGAACAUUACAGUUGUGCAUGAUACCCUGGCAUUAAUAGGAGAUCAAAUGUUGUAACAGGCACAAACGUAGGACUGAAUCAGAUAGUAAAAAUAAAGUGCAAUUACAUCAACAUAAAAUAAUAAAAAAGACCACUAUCGCCAUAAUCACAGGUCUACCCUCCCAUACCCUAACUCCACUCCUCCCACCUCCCUCCACCCACAGAGAACCAUCACUCUUCAGCUGUUGUACAGUUUGUGCCCAUGGUU